ACGCACAGCAUGUCUUACCAAUGCACAUACAGCAAGUCUAAACAAUGCACGUACAGCAAGUCUAAACAAUGCACGUACAGCAAGGCUAAACAAUGUACGUACAGCAUGUCUAACCAAUGCACGUACAGCAAGUCUAAACAAUGCACGUACAGCAUGUCUAACCAGUGCACGUACAGCAUGUCUAACCAGUGCACGUACAGCAUGUCCAACCAGUGCACGUACAGCAAGUCUAAACAAUACACGUACAGCAUGUCUAACCAGUGCACGUACAGCAAGUCUAAACAAUGC